AUGGCGAUGUUCGCAAAGUCAAAAAAUAUAGUAUCUUUGGUCCGAGAAUUAAAACCCCGUAAAGAUACGUCCCGUAUUGAAGUUAGGAUUAUUCGGUUGUGGAAGAACUACAACAAAGAAUCAGGAAAUACUAUUGAAAUGGUUUUUGUUGAUAGAGAAGGGACAAGAAUUCAUGCUUCAGUUGGAGAACAACUCAUCAACAAAUAUGGUGAAAAGCUACAUGAGGGAGAUGCAAUUGUCGUCCAGUUGUUCAAGGUCUUCGAUGCAAUUGGUGAAUAUCGUACAACUCCACAUCUGUACAAAAUUGGUUUCUAUCCAACCACUUUUGUUGAAAAAGCUUUAGAUUUUCCAAAUAUAAUUGGACAAAUCGUCAACUUUGGGUCGCUGGAAAACAAAAGCAUUAAAGGCAAAGAUAACAUGAGGCUUUUGAUCGAGCUACGUGACCAUAGUAAUGUCAAGAUCAUGUGUACUCUGUGGGGUGGUUAUGCUAAACAAGUAUACGACUACAGUAUGAGUAACAUGUCCAUUAUGAUAAUUUGUAUUAUCAGGUUCUGUUCCAUUAAAGAGUGGAAAGGGGUUUACUCCAUAUCUAGCGGGUUUAAUUCCACCCAAAUUUUGCUAAACCCAACGUGUUCAUUGGUUGAUGAGUUUAAAUUGUGUCUUCCUGAUAAUUCACUUGCUAUAACAAACAAGGAUAGUAGCCAAUGGAGUGUUGCUAGUGCUACAUCUGUUCGUGCCCGGUUUUUUGUUCUUAAUGAGAGGCUAACAAUAAGAGAUAUCGUUGACAGUACUCUGGUUGGAACUUUUGUCACCUUGGGGACUAUUGAAAACAUAGAUACUGAGCGUGGUUGGCAAUAUCUAAGUUGCAAAUACCACAACAAAAAAGUUAUGCCUACAACCAAUGUUGAUGAUGACAACCGUCCUUUGUUCUACUGUAAUACAUGUGAUAAAGAACACAUUGAUGUCAUUCCGAGGUUUAAAUUAAUUGUCCACGUUAAAGAUGAUACCGGUGAGGCAAACUUUCUUUUGUUUGAUGGCAAUGCUCAAGUGCUUAAUCUAGAUGAAGACUUGUUACCAGAAGCUGUUAGCGACCUUUUUGGCAAAAGAAUCCUUUUUGAGGUUUCAGUGGAUGCUGAUAACAUCAAAGGAAAGAGCUCUCAUUAUGUUGUUCGAAUUGCUACUGCUGAUCGUGAACUGAUUGAGGAAUUUGCUGCUUUGCCAGUUAAACAGGUUCUAAUGCUGCAGUCUUCAGAUGAUAUUUCUUCUGGUUCAGGUGGUUUAUCAGGAACUCCAUUGUCUAAAAGAAAAAGCCAAGAUGAACAACAAAGUAGCCUAGAUGAUCAACAUUCCGUGAACAAGAAACUUUUUCUAAAGAAAGUCAAGGGAGAGUAA